UAAAAUUACGAGUACCCCAGGUGAGUGUCCGCCGCUCCGCCACUGGUGAAAACACUACCGUCAGGGGGCGCCACUUCUGCACCAGUCGAAAUCUAUCCAAGUGAAUUGGGCGUGUUUUGCAAAACGUUCUAAAUUAAUGUGUUUUUUACCGAAAUGAAGUGACUGAAUUUUGACGAAAAGGAAACCGGAAAACAUCAGAAUUUGCAAAAAACCGAAACCCAAGCGCCAAGAUGUCCCUGUCGCUUAAGAUCUACAUUGUCGAAAAUAGUGUUACGAAGACCAUCGUGUUUGACCCUUCGACCACGGUCUAUGAUGCCUGCAGGAUUAUCCGGGAUAAGUGCACGGAGGAAAAUCUGGGAAAUCCCAAAGACUAUGGCCUCUUCCUCACCGACGACGACAGCCGGACCGGAGUCUGGCUGGAGCCAGCCCGCCACCUAGAAUACUACAUUUUGAGAAACGGCGACACCGUCGAAUACCGGAAGAAAUUGCGAACGCUGAGGGUCAAGAUGCUCGACGGUUCGGUGAAGACGAUGUUAGUCGACGAUUCCCAGAUCGUCGCCAAUCUGAUGGUGGUAAUUUGCACGAAGCUCGGCAUAACCAAUCACGACGAAUACUCGCUCGUCCUCGAGGACCUGGAGAACCAGGAGAACAUCGACAACCGAAACUACGGCACGCUGACGCUGAAGCGGCGCCGGGAGGAGAAGGAGAGGGACGCCAAGAUGGACCAGCUGCGAAAAAAGCUCCACACGGACGACGACGUCAACUGGCUGGAUCCGUCGAAAACGCUGCGGGAGCAGGCAAUCGACGAGAACGAGACGGUGCUGCUCAGGAGGAAGUUUUUCUUCUCGGAUCAGAACAUCGAUUCGCACGACCCCGUACAGCUCAAUUUGCUGUACGUCCAGGCGAGGGACGCCAUCAUCAACGGCACUCAUCCAAUUACUCAAGAGAAGGCGUGCGAAUUCGCAGGAAUACAGUGUCAGAUCCAAUUUGGGGAUCACGUGGAGACUAAACACAAACCGGGAUUCUUAGAUUUGAAGGAAUUCCUCCCACAAUCCUACAUCCGAGUAAAAGGAAUCGAGAAGAAAAUCUUCGCGGAACACAAAAAGCACUUCGGCAAGAACGAACUGGAAGCCAAAGUGACUUACACGAAAAACGCUAGAGCUUUAAAAACAUACGGAGUCACUUUCUUCCUAGUGAAAGAAAAAAUGAAAGGUAAAAACAAAUUAGUACCGCGACUACUCGGAGUCACUAAAGAUUCGGUACUCCGCUUGGACGAAAAAACGAAAGAAAUAUUGCAAACUUGGCCUUUAACGACGGUGAGAAGAUGGGGUGCAAGCCCCAACACGUUCACUCUAGAUUUCGGGGAUUACUCCGACCAGUACUACUCAGUACAAACCACCGAAGCCGAACAAAUCCAACAAAUCAUCGCUGGAUACAUCGACAUCAUUUUGAAAAAAAAACAAGCGAAAGAUCAUUAUGGCAUCGAGGGUGACGAAGGGUCGACGAUGUUUGAAGAAAGCGUCGCUCCUCAUAAAGCCACAAUCCUCCAACACGAGUUGAGCAAAGUGGGCAAACUCAACACCGAAUCUUUGGCCAAACCGGCCGUCAUGCGGGCCGGAUCCGACGGUGAGAAAACAUUUAGUACUGGCAUGAUGGGUAGUGCUCAACACACUAUUGUAAGUGGACAAGUGAGCGUGGGUCAUGCACCUCCUACGGUACAACAAACCAAAGUGACAUCUGUGCUCACGGAGCCACAACGGGCUCUUGUCUCCACAAUAUCCACCACUCAGACCAAGAUCAAAGAGUCAGAGAUAGAACUAGAGGGUCGACAACGCCUUCCCGAACUAGGCAGCGACCCCAGCUCCCGAAAAUGGAAGCAAGUGACUUUAGACACCCGCAAACAAAACGUCGGCUCUCAAAUAGCCGCCAUGAACGCCGCCACCGCCCAAGUGGUUACUCUUACCUCAGGUCCCCAGGAUGAGGUGGACCAUAACGCCGUAGGAGCGGCUAUCACCACCAUCGGAACGAACUUACCCGAAAUGACUAAAGACGUGAAGAUGAUCGCCGCUUUGAUGGACGACUCCAACAUGGGAGAGAAGUUGUUGGAUGCCACUAGGAAACUGUGUACUGCUUUCAGUGACUUACUGAAGGCUGCAGAACCUGAGUCGAAAGAACCGAGACAGAGUUUGCUUAAUGCAGCGUCUAGAGUGGGAGAGGCUAGUACUAGUGUUCUGGCGACGAUCGGUGAAGACACCGCUGAGAAUAAAGAACUUCAAGAUAUGUUGUUGUCAUUGGCGAAAGCUGUGGCUAACACUACGGCGGCUUUGGUUUUGAAGGCUAAGAACAUCGCGUCGACUUGUGAGGAUCAGCAGACUCAGAAUAGAGUGAUCGGGGCGGCAACUCAGUGCGCUUUGGCAACGUCGCAACUUGUGGCGUGUGCCAAAGUCAUAGCGCCGACUUUAACAUCGCCUGCGUGCCAAGAACAACUGACGGCGGCGGUCAGAGAGGUCGCUAAAGCCGUCGAAAACUUAGUUUCGGUUUGUAACGAAACUUCAAGCAACGAGGAGUUGAUGAAUCAGUUGAAAAUGGCAGCAGGGGAGGUCACCAGAACUUUGAACGAUCUUUUGAACCACAUCAAGCUAGCGUCACGCGAACGGGCUCAGGAGACAGUACAAGAGUACAGCGUGGAAGAAAUUUACACUGCUACUGACAGAUUGUCAGCGGCAUCUGGUGACCCUAACGAAAUGGUCAAACAAGCGCGACUCCUAGGACAAGCCACCGCUCAGCUUAUUCAAAGUAUUAAAGGCGAGGCUGAGAAGACCCCUGAUUCGGAUAUCCAAAGGCGGUUGCUCGCCGCCGCCAAAACUUUGGCCGAUGCCACCGCCAGGAUGGUGGAAGCCGCGAGACAGUGCGCUUCGCAUCCUCACGACAUCCACUACCAGAGUGUGUUGCGUAAGACGGCUGAAGAACUGAGGGAUGUGACUACGGUUGCGGCUACAACUCCGGCCUUGAGGGCUAAAUUAGUAGAUCGGGUGAAAGUGUGUGCUCGAAAAGCCGUAUCUUCAGCCACUCAAUGUAUCACAGCGGCUCAAGCAAGUCACCCUUAUAACGCCAACCCGACAACACGAGACGCUCUAAUUACCGAAACGCAAGAGCUAGCCAAACAGAUCCCACCUCUCGUCGGAUCGAUUAAAGCCAGUACUGCCAACCCAGAAGACACGAAGAGUCAAGUUGAUUUGAUUUACGUCGCCGACGUUUUCCUCCAUCCUGCCACUCACUUCGUGCAAACUUCCCAAUCAGUCCUCCCCACAAUCCACGAGCAAGCCAUCACCGAGCAACUCUCCGUUACCAGCCAGAAACUAAACACCGACUUGAGUGACCUGAGAGGUGCUCUGAGUCGAGCCAAACCGGUGUGUCAAGGUCUCGGUCUGGGUGCUGCUGCUCAGCUGAUCGCCGACUUGCAAGAGGAACUCGACGAGUUCCAGCGCGCCGUCACAGCACAUAGCCUCAGACCGCUGCCUGAGGAUACGCCCGAACGUGGAGCCGAAGCGCUCACUUCUAGCAGCAAAGCAAUCAACCAAGGCGUGGCUCAACUAUUGAGUGCUGCAGCUCAGGGCAAUGAGAUUUACACGGACAAGGCGGCUCGCGAUACUGCUCAGAGUCUGAGGUCUUUGGCGGGAGCCGUGAGGACCGUUGCGGCCACCACGAACGACCAAGAGGUGCAGUUGAAGGUGAUCGGGUCCGGACAAGAAGUGCUGAUGCAUUCGGCCAAGUUGGUGGAGGAGGCGCAGAAGACGCUUCACUCGGUCGAGGUGACUCCGGGACUGCAACAUGCCGCGAAGGACAUCACGAAUGCGCUCAAUCAAGCCAUCAAUUGCCUACCAGGGCAAAGGGAUGUGGACACCGCCAUCACCAACAUCAUCGAAUGGACCGCCACCAUCAACUCGGGCCACUUCCCCCACACCAACAAGAGCUACGGCGAGCUCCAACAGGAACUCAACACCGCCGCCGCCAACUUGAACGAAGCCAGUUCGGUGGUGGUGAGCUCGGUUCGCAGCCCCACCCAACUGUCUUCGUCGUCUAAAGAUUUCUCGUCCGCGUUCCAUGAUUUGCUCGGAGUAUCCAUGGAAAUGGCGGGUCAGACCCAAGAUACCGACAUCAGAGGCCAGAUGGUGCAUUCGUUGAAGAACGUCUCCACUAGCUCGAGUACCCUCUUGACGACUGCUAAGUCGCUUUCCGCCGACCCCUACUUACCGAACGGGAAAAACCAAUUGGCUGCAGCUGCCAGAGCGGUCACUGAUAGCAUUAAUCACUUGGUGAACGUGUGCACGUCUGCGGCACCGGGUCAAACCGAGUGUGAUAACGCCAUAAGGAAGAUUCAAGCGAUGAAACACUUGCUGGAGAGUCCUACGGAGCCUGUGAACGACUGUAGCUACUAUGAGGCGUUGGACUCGGUUAUUGAUAAGAGUAAAGUUUUGGGUGAUUGCAUGACUGGAAUCACUAAUAGUGCGAAGCAGUCGCAGCAUGAGAAGUUUGCUGAACACAUUAAAACGUUCAGUAGCUCCAUCUGCAGUUUCAUUGAGGCUUCAGCUCAGUCGGCUUAUUUGGUGGGGGUGUCUGAUCCUUCCAGUAUUGCGGGACGUCCAGGAUUGGUCGAUCAAGCACAAUUUGCACGUGCUUCUCAAGCUAUUUAUCAAGGGUGUACAGCGCUAGCGUCACCCUCAAGCCCUCAGAAACAAGUAUUGGAAGCUGCCACUCUUAUCGCUAAGCACACCAGCGCCCUCUGUAACUCGUGCCGGGUGGCUAGUUCAAAAACCACCAAUCCCGUGGCGAAAAAGCAGUUCGUGCAGAGCGCCAAAGCAGUAGCUAAUUCUACCGCAGCUCUGGUAAAAGAAAUCAAGACUCUGGAUUUGGAUUACUCCGACGUGAACAGACAAAGAUGCGCACAGGCCACAGUUCCCUUACUAGAGGCCGUCGAAAAUCUCUGCAUCUACGCAAACUCAAGCGAGUUCGUCUCAAUCCCAGCCAAAAUCUCCCCUCAAGCCAGACGAGCCCAACAACCGAUCAUCGAUUCGGGCAACCGAUUGAUCGACAGUUCUUGCACUGUGGUCAAGGCGGCAAAGAAUUUGGUCGUGAUGAACAAGGACCCAUCGACGUGGCAACACUUCGCAAGUUCGUCGAAAGACGUUUCGGAAUCGAUUAAGCAACUGGUGGUCAAUAUUAGAAAUGGUGCUCCUGGUAAAAACGAAUGCGAAAGUGCUGCCACCGUCCUUACUAAUCAUCUGAGGACUCUGGAUACGUCGUCUAUGGAUGCUGUGUCUCAGUCGUUGGUGCCCAGGAAGGGCGCUUCUUUGCCGGUUUAUAGCCAGCAGGUGGAACGCGCGGCGGCUGGUUUGUUUGACACGAUUGAGCCUUUGAGACAGGCGGCCAAACACGAAGCGGAGAAUAUCGGGCAUGCGGUUAGUCAAAUGAUACAAUAUUUCGAGCCCUUGGUGCAGAGCACCAUCGGUGCGGCGUCCAACAUGAAGAACUCGAAGCAGCAAGAACAACUCCUCGAUCAAGCGAAGUCGGUCACGGAAUCAGCUCUCCAACUCGUUUAUGCGACCAAGGAUUGUGGCGGCAAUUCUAAGGCCGUCAACAUUCAUCCCGACAUAGACGAGUGUGCUAAUUCCACUCGCGACACUCUACAAGAAUUAGUUACCAGCUUAGAAACCAUAUCGACUCAAAGCGGAAUUGUUUCAGGAGUCGUCGACAAUCUGACAAGGGCCAUGACUCGAUUGUCCGACCAUAGAGCUUCUUUAAUUAUAUCAGACAGUGACAGUUACGUCGAUUACCAGACGAGAAUGGUGGAGUACGCCAAGGAUAUAGCCAAGUUAGCUGGCGAGAUGGCGAGCAAGGCCUCCAGCGACACCCAGAAACUCGCCCCUCUGUCCGCCGACCUCUCCCACAAGUACACCCAACUGGCCAAUGACAGCAUCGGCGCUGCAGCAGCCUCUACCAACGGCGAAGUCUCCAUGCGUCUGAAGGAAGUCGUCCAACAACUCGGUGGCGCUUGCGUCGAGUUAGUACAAGCCGGCGGUCAAUGCCUGAUCAGAAAGGACGACAUUAUCCUGCGGGAAAUCGGAGAUUGUUCCAGGAAUGUGACCGAGAAGGUGUCACGCGUCUUGGCAACGUUGCAAUCAGGGUCACGUGGUACUCAGGCUUGCAUCAACGCUGCGUCCACAGUGUCGGGAAUCAUCGGCGAUCUGGAAACCACAAUCAUGUUUGCCACCGCCGGGAAUCUAAAUCCUGAGAAUGAGCACGAGUCGUUUGCGGAUCACCGCGAGAAUAUUUUGAAGACGGCUAAGGCAUUGGUGGAGGAUACGAAAACGCUGGUUGCUGGAGCGGCUUCGUCGCAGGAGCAGCUGGCGGUGGCGGCACAGAAUUCCGUGUCCACUAUUGUUCAACUGGCGGAAGUUGUGAAGUUCGGGGCUGCCAGUUUGGGCUCGGACAACCCGGAUUCUCAAGUAAUGCUGAUCAACGCCGUCAAAGAUGUCGCUAGUGCUCUAGGCGACUUGAUUCACGCUACCAAGGCUGCCAGCGGUAAGCCCAUCAACGACCCAGCGAUGGCCCAUUUGAAGGAAAGUGCCAAGGUCAUGGUCACGAACGUGACGUCGCUCCUUAAAACGGUGAAAGCCGUGGAAGACGAACACACAAGAGGCACCCGGGCCUUAGAAUCGACCAUCGAAGCAAUCGGGCAAGAAAUGAAGGCCCUCUACUCCAGCGACGGCUGCAGACAAGGCGUCACCGCCGAAGACCUCGUCCGCUGCACGAAAGCCAUCACCAAAGCCACGGCGAAAUCAGUGGCCGCUGGCAUCAGCAACAAGCAAGACGACAUCAUCGCGGCCGCCAAUUUGGCGCGAAAAUCGAUCUCGGACAUGCUUAUAAUAUGCAAAAGCGCCGCCUACAAUCUCUCUGAAACUCCAGAAAUGAGGGAGAGGACGCUGGAUGGCGGCCACGAGUGCGCCCAGCAGUUCCGGGAACUCCUGGUUACGAUCCUGCAAGGCAACGUCGCCGACGCCAAACACACCCUGCCGGCUAUUUCGCGUCGAAUCGCCCAGGCCGCCACCGAGUUGGUCAGCGUUGCGUCACUCCUGAAGGGCUCCGAUUGGGUGGAUCCGGACGAUCCUACCGUCAUUGCCGAGAAUGAGCUGUUGGGAGCCGCGGCGUCCAUCGAUGCCGCCGCGAAGAAGUUGGCGAGUUUGAGGCCAAGGAAGACCAUAAAAACACAAGACCUGGACGAGUCUCUCAACUUCGACGAAAUGAUCCUGGAAGCCGCCAAAUCCAUAACAUCUGCCACUUCUGCUUUAGUCAAAGCGGCCAGCGCCGCCCAGCGCGAACUAAUCGACAGUGGAAAAGUAUCCCGAACGCCGACGUCAUCAUCCGACGACGGCCAGUGGUCAGAGGGUCUAAUUUCGGCUGCAAGGCUUGUGGCCGCAGCCACUCACAGUCUCGUCGAGAGUGCCAAUGCGUUGGUACAGGGUAUGGGUAGCGAAGACAAAUUAAUUUCUUCAGCUAAGCAAGUAGCCAGUUCUACUGCGCAGCUGCUGGUCGCUUGUAAAGUCAAAGCAGAGGGUGACACUGUAGCCACCAGAAGGUUACACCAAGCCGGAACCGCGGUCAUCAGAUCCACGGAUAACUUGGUGAGGGCGGCACAACAAGCCAAGAACGUGGAAGAAGAGCGGUGUUUGGUGCUGAAUAAGAGAAUGGUGGGAGGAAUCGCACAAGAAAUUGACGCAAGAUCCGAGGUGUUCAGGAUAGAGCGCGAGCUGGAGGAAGCCCGCAGCCGACUGACCGCCAUCCGUCAAGCCAAGUACAAGCUGCGCGGCUACGACACGUCCGGUGACGAUACCGACGGUUAUAUAAGUUCGGCGCAAGAUGGCGAAACAUCGCGAAAAUUCCGUGGGAGAAAAGUUGUUGUUAAAGCCGUAGAGGUUAUUGGCACCCAAAAUGUUGUAAGGUACGGCAACUACCUAUACGACAGUCCCCACUCGACUUACUCGCCCACUGUACAAAACACCCUAUAUAACGACACAUACAGCCAUUUAGAAAGUCCAGAGAAGGUCAGCUCGCUAGAACGCAGCAAGAAAAUACUACAAUCACAGGUGAACGCCUUAGACAACGCUGUCUACGGCACCACCAACAGCUACGCCCAAAAUAACCAAGACCAUCAAAUUAAUUACAACUCUUUCGGUAGAAACGCACCUAAAUUCACGCCGCUUCCUGCUAGGCCGCCAAUGUAUUCGUCGAAAGACUACAACCAGGAAAGUAAACCGUACAGUCCGACUACAACUCCAACUUCGACACCGCAUAGCCCCUACAAACUCCUCCCGACUUCCCCCAGAACCGCAACCAGUUCGUCCUUCGACUACACGAGUACCAAACCUAGUGGUCACAUAAGUUUCGAAAAGUACCACGUGACAGAUAAGUACCAACCUAGUGAGAAACCUCUGAGUUUCGGCGACUACAACCCGUCCGGUGAUGGCUUUUCGACUUCCGAGUUCACCACAAACACCUACAAAAUACCAGGGGGGUACAAAACGGAUAGUUACAAGUACGAAUCGUACAAAUCUGCGUCGCAACCUACUUAUUCGUCCCUUUCGGAGAAGUACUACACGAGUACGCCGAACGCGAAGUUGCAGUUGAGUCCUUUUGAUAAGAAGAAUUUUGAAUCUUUUAGUAAUGGAACAGACAAUCAGUACCAAUCAUCUUUUUCUACGAAUGUCGAGUACGUCAGUGAGCCUCCAGUUUUGAAGGACACUGACACGCUGGAGCAGAAAAUGUUGAAAAAGUCUGUGACGCAGCAAAUAAUAGAGAAGAAAACGGUCCAGAUGACGAAGAGCAGCAAGCAGGAGUCGUCCACGAAGAGCUUCAAGUUUGAGUAAAUCGGUCUUUAUUUCACUAACGGUUAGAUUUCAGUGUAUUUAUUGAUUUGAUGGUGCUAAUAUUUAUGCUUCUUUUAUUAACCAAAUGUUUUAAUUAGAUGUUUAAUCGUGCCAAUUAAUUUAAGCUUGUAGAUACGUCGGAUUUUAUAUAUUGUUUUGUUUGUACCUAGUUCAGUCAGUGCCAAAAUUGCGUUUACUGGAAGCCGGAGUUACUUAAAGUGCCUGUUUCGGAUCAAAAGUGUUACUUAUUUUACAGCUUUAAUACGUAAGCCUAUCCAGUGCCUAUUUUAUUGAACAUUUUUUAUUCUAAUUCUCGCUUUUUAAUGUAUUUUAUGGCAUUCAGAUGGAAUGUUCAGGUACCAUUCAAGAUUUGUAAUUAAACUUUAGUCCAUGAACUCUGGAAAUCGGAGCCGAUAAUUUAUAUUAGGCGGCUAGUUUCUAGAGAAUCGGGACACCAGAUCACAUUGUAUAAAUAAACUAAUUGAAAAGUU